CUGCUACAAACUCCUCAAUGCGAAGCGGCCACGUAACCAAUGCUGUUCAAACUCGAGGAAGAACUCAAACUCUUCUCGAAUCUCGACUCUCAUACUCUCUCUCUAUCUCUCUCUCUCUCUCCCUGCAAAAAGAAGAAGAACAGGAGCCAUGGCCGUUUCGUGCCCAGAAGCCACCAACCUCACCACUGCACCCUAUUCAAUAGAGCACAUCCUUUCCAACACAGACGCCGAUAACGCCAACCGGACCUUGUCAUUCUCUACAGUCAAACUACCCCACCUCACCGACUUCCUCAACGACCUCCAAACCCACCCCAACCCAUUAGACCGCAACCCAUUCUACCACCCUUCCGAAGGCUUCUACGUCUCCCAGAACGACGUCAUCCUCCGACACAUCCUCUACGAUCUCUCCUCUCCCCCCCACUCCGCCGCCUACCAUCGAGCCGGCCCGCGCAACCGAGUCUUCUUCGACCCGUCUCGAACCCGGGCUGCCAUCGUCACGUGCGGGGGGCUCUGCCCUGGUCUUAACACCGUCAUCAGGGAGCUGGUGGUGGCCCUCUGGGACCUCUACGGGGUGCGUCAGAUAUUCGGGGUGAAGGCUGGCUACCGCGGAUUCUACUCCUCGGAGCCUGUGGAGCUGAAUCCCAAGCUGGUCCACAGCCUGCACAAGAAGGGUGGCACUGUGCUUGAGACCUCUAGGGGUGGUUUUGAUCUUCACAAGAUCGUCGAUGGAAUCCGGGAUCGCGGCUUUAACCAGGUGUACAUCAUAGGUGGAGAUGGCUCGAUGCGUGGGGCUGUGAAGAUAUUUGAUGAAAUACGUUGCCGGAAACUGAAUAUUGCAGUUGUUGGGAUACCCAAAACCGUAGACAAUGAUAUUGGAAUCAUUGACAGAUCAUUUGGAUUCCAGACAGCAGUAGAAAUGGCACAGCAAGCAAUAAAUGCAGCUCUUGUGGAGGCUGAGAGUGCAGUUAAUGGAAUAGGCCUAGUGAAGCUAAUGGGUCGAAGCACAGGGCACAUUGCCCUUACUGCAACAUUGAGCAGCCGUGAUGUGGACUGUUGCUUGAUUCCUGAGAAUGAGUUUUACUUGGAAGGAAAAGGAGGGCUGUUUGAAUUUCUUGAGCAGCGGCUGAAGGAGAAUGGGCAUGCGGUACUAGUAGUUGCUGAGGGGGCUGGACAGGAUAUGAUACCAAGGACUGAUGCACAGAAGGAGGAGAGGGAUGAAUCUGGCAACCCUGUCUUCUUAGACAUUGGUGGGUGGUUGAAGUCAGAGAUAAAGAAUUGGUGGGCAAGAGACCAUCCAAAUGAGUUGUUCACUAUAAAGAACAUAGAUCCAACAUACAUGAUACGUGCAGUUCCUGCAAAUGCUACAGAUAGCCUGUAUUGUACACUCCUAGCACACUCGGCAAUUCAUGGGGUUAUGGCAGGGUACACUGGAUUUGUAGCCGGUCCUAUAAAUGGAAACUAUGCCUAUAUACCAUUGGUGGAGGUGGCACGGGCUAAGAAUGAAGUUAACAUAAAAGACCACAAAUGGGCAUGGGUCAGAUCUGUCACUAACCAGCCCAAUUUUGUGAGGAACUAAUCCUAAUAGUAUCGUGACGCCGUCCACAGACUGAGCCAUUCACAACCCAUGGUCGCCGUCCCACCAGACGCAGAUCUAGAGAACACCGGACUCAACCCGCCUAAUGUCCAUGCCAUCCCAACUGUGCCGUCAACCACCGUGCCAUUCCAUGUCAUCGUAUCCUCAAACUGAGCCAUCAACACCGCCACACAUCUCGAGUGUCACAGCCUCAUCUCCUCACACCAUCUUUGUUCAUAUGGCUUAGAAAAAAAAAAAAGAAAAAAAAAAAAAAGGGUUGACGUGUUAGUAGAAUUGGAUUCUCGUAGAUGUGUAAAUUUUAUUUCAUUUUUAAUUAUUCAGUUGUACUAGGUUAAUUUUAUUUUGCUGGACCUUGAGGACAAGGUCCUUUUAAGGGGGUAGGAAUGAUAGGGUAAGAUUAGGGUAAGAACCUAAGAGGGGGAGUUGGAAUGGAAUUCCAACUCAUAAGGAUUAGAUUAGUUAAUAUUAGGAUUAGAGUAUGUUUGAAUUUGAAUAUUAGGUGUUAUCACUUUAGAUGUUAUCUACUUGUAUUUCUAUUUAAAGGUCAUUUGGUUGUUAAUGAGAAUAA